UGACCAGGUGGGUAAUCAGGAGCCAACUCCAAGGAUGGUUACUUCUAUUUUUAAAAAAGUGUGUGUGGGGGGGGCACACUCUUGAACUUACAACCAUUAAAAUUCCUGCUUCCCCACUUUGUGCCUCUCUGAGCCUUGUCUCCCAAAAACAACUUUUUGUAAUAACCCAAAGGUAGGACACUGCACAGCCAGAAAGACAACACGAGCGGUCAGCGGGCAUAUGCAGCGCUUGAGUUAAGGUGGUCUCAAAGACAACUCAGGGUUAUGUUUUAAAAAGGAAGAUAAUUCAAAGGGCCAAGGCCGUUCUGUUUGUUAGAGGACAGCUAAAGGAGCAGAUGGGGAUGUGAAAAGGGAAAGGGCUUAGCGGUUCUGUGUAAACAUGCGCUCCUGCAAGACUGGAUUCCCUCUCCACACCCCUCUUCCUGAGCACAGAGGCCGCCUCACAAGCGAGUCUGGAAGGCCCUUUGUGGGUCUUCCCAGCCUGCUUCUGAGUCACACAAAAGUCCGGGAAGAAAGACUCAGCUGUGAAAAUGAGCAGAAUCCGGUGGCCUUCAGCUCCAGUGGGCCUUUCUGAAGCCAGUCAGAGGUGGCCGUCGUUCAUUUCUUUCCCGUUCUGUGAGCAGCAAGGUACUUUUGCAAGGGAAUUGGAAGAGGAAAGGUGGUUUCUGAAAUAAUUAGUUUAUUUUGAAAUGAAUAAGUCUUGGAAACAAAUAUUCAGGGCUCCCUAAGUUUUGGAUUCAUAAUCUAAAUAAUGUAGUGUCCUUUAUAAAUAGGAUUUCUUGGGAGAAAAUAAAGCAUGGUGAUUCUGCCUCUUGGCUCUCUUCCCCCAAAUACAUUGGCCUCGUGCGUAAAAGGCAGCACCCUGACUCUUGUCUGGGCUUCUCAACAACCUUGCUGAGUGAAAGAACCUUCAGAUAUGAAUUCCUAUUUCUCAAUAGUUCUCUGCUUUGGGUUACCUACUGUAAAUAAAACACAGGUUGGUUCCUCUUUCUUCAUUUUCUUUCUUGGUUCAUUAUUGUGGUUCAGAGGCCUAGAUAAAUUUAGACCAUUCUAUUUGUCAUUGGUUAUAUCUAAAGAAGUUCUUGCAGUCAAGAAAUUAAAAGACACUUGCUCCUGGCAAGGAAAGCUAUGGCAAAUCUAGACAGCAUACUAAAAAGCAGAGACGUCACCCUGCCAACAAAAGUGUGAUAGUCAAGGCAAUGGUUUUCCCAGUUGCCGUGUCUGGCUGUGAAAGUUGGACCGUAAGAAAGACUGAGCACCAAAGAAUGGAGGCCUUUGAACUCUGGUGCUGGAGAAGACUCCUACGAGUCCCUUGGACUGCAAGGCGAUCCAACCGGUCAGUCCUAGAGGAGAUCAACCCUGACUGCUCUUGAGAAGGCCAGAUCCUGAAGAGGAAACUCAAAUACUUUGGCCACUUAAUGAGAAGGAAGGACUCCCUGGAGAAGAGCCUAAUGCUGGGAACGAUGGAGGGCAAAAGAAGAAGAAGGGGACGGCAGAGAACGAGGUGGCUGGAUGGAAUCCCUGAAGCAAUCGGCAUCAGCUUAAAUGGACUCCAGAGCAUGGUAGAGGACAGGAAGGCCUGAAGGAACGUUGUCUAUGGGGUCACGAUGGGUCGGAUACGACUUCACAACUAACAACAACAACAAAGAAGCCCUGGCUCUGGCUAUGUGGAGACAAGAUCCCCUGGCUUUGGUAGUUUCUUGCCUCUGUCCCAAAGGCGGCGUUUGUGCCCCGCCAGGGAGAUCUUGUCCGAAGAGGUUUGCUGUACAGAAGAAGCUGGGAGGGUGAGAGACUGACAGUCCAGAAUUGUCUGCCCAGGAGAAGUAAUUAACCACAGCAGAGUGGACUUCUGCUGCUACAAUGGCUCUUUGGGGCAAAGUUUGUGUUGCUUGUGGAGUUCUCUUGGCAACCCCUCUACUUUGAAAAAAAGGAGAGUGUGGCUCCUCCCCCUUGUGGUUAAUCUUCCUUGUGUUCUCCCCGUGUGCAGCUUUCAUUCACAGCAGCUCUGCCAGGCCUCCACAAGCAGCUUCCUCCAGACCUUUCUCAAGGAAUGGAAUUCGGGGUUGGUGUCAAAGGCUGCAUACCUGAGCAAUUUCUGGGUGAAAACCUAUCCCAAGUACAGAGUUCUCCAAAAAGGCUGCCUGCAUUCCUCCUAAAGCGACGCAGGAAGAUCAGCCACGCUUGUGUUAAAGAGAAGGGACAGCUGAAGCUCUCCAUCCACAUGCAAGGCAGAAGGCUUAAACUUUAUGUCGUGGAAGCCAAAGGUCUAAUGGGAAAACAGUAUCGAAUGUGUGACUCCUUUAUCAAGGUGUCCAUUGUGCCAGAUACAUCACGGAAAUGCAGGCAAAAAUCCAAGACCAUUCUGGGCAGUAAAAACCCUGUCUUCCACGAGCAAUUUAUCUUCUGUUUGCAGGAGGAAGAUGAGCAAAAGCGCCUCCUUGUCACAGUCUGGAACCGACCACAGGAUUCGAGGCAGAGCAGACUCCUUGGCUGCAUGAGCUUUGGCGUGAAGACCCUGCUGGGUCCAGACAAGAAAAUUUGUGGCUGGUAUUACUUACUGGGAGAAGAUCUGGGCAGAACAAAGCACCUGAAAGUGGGCACACGGCAGCUCAAGCGAAGCCAAGAGAUGACGUUAGCCAAGCCGGCUGCCUUAUUGGGGAACCAGCAGCUGCAGCAGGACAUGGAACAGAUCAAGAUUACAAUCCCGCGUGGGAAGAAUGGGUUCGGUUUCACCAUCUGUUGUGACUCCCCUGUUCGGGUCCAAGCGGUUGAUUCUGGUGGCCCAGCAGAGAAGGCUGGCUUGCAGCAACUGGACACGGUGCUUCGGCUCAAUCAGCAGCCUGUCGAAGACUGGAAAUGCGUAGAAUUGGCCCAUGAGAUUCGGAACUGUCCCCAGGAGAUCCUCCUCCUUGUUUGGCGCAUUGUGCCGCAAGUCAAAGCCGGCCUGCAAGGGCUCCCCCGCCGCCCCUCUUGCAAAUCCACCUACGAUUUGCAGCCUCCAUCCACCCGGCGGGAGAAGAGCAGCACCGGGCGAUCGUGGCCCCCCGAGCAUCGGCAAAGCUGUCACGUGUUGUACGAUGGGAACCAUGAGUUUGCGCUCAACGGUUGGGAGCGAUACACUGAGCUUGGCAAGGCUCCCCAGCAGCACACCAUGCCUCCGCCUUCCCGACCUCCUUCCUCCAGUGGUACAGACAAGAACUACAUCAUCCUUACCCCACUUAAUCCGGGGGGCCAGUUUCUGAGGCGAGUCUGCCAGGAGAACAAAGCUCCCGGAGGCAAUGUGUGCAAAGGAGAAUCUUGUGGCAAGAAAUCCCGGCUGAUGAAGACGGUGCAGACCAUCAAGAGCCAUGGAAGCAGUCCCCAGAGCUGCCCUCUGAUGGGAUCCCAUAUCCCAUCCUCCAGUUACGGCACAUAUGUAACGCUUGCGCCCAAAGUGCUGGUUUUCCCCAUCUUCGUGCAGCCUCUGGAUCUUUGCAGCCCAGCUCGGACGCUGCUUUUAUCAGAAGAGCUGCUCCUUCACGAGACUCGAAACAAACCGACUGAGGUGACCCUCUUCGUUUAUUCAGACUUACUGCUCUUCACCCAGGAAGAGGAGCCUGGGCAAUGUAAUGUCUUUCGCAACCCGCUUUACCUGAAGGACGUGCGGCUGCAAGAGGAUUCCUCUGAAGAUUUGAAAUUCUGCAUUCUUUAUCUAGCAGAGGAGCUGGAGUGUGUGCUCAGCCUGCAGGCUCACUCCCACGAGCAGAAGACCAGGGUGUGCUGGUGUUUGAUUGAUAACAUCUUGAAGCAGCAGCCAAGAACAACUCCGACAGCCCCUCCAGCGGAAAGCAAGAUGCUUGAGCCAGAAGCUGUGAAAUUAGGGGCAGUGCCAUCUGUGGGGCAGGACGACAGCAGCUGCCUUGCCUACCCUGUGAGAGACAACUCCAUAGAGGGACUGACAGCGGAAGCUGUGGCAGAAGUCCAGGGCAUCGCGAUGGAACAGGGGAAGCAGGCCCACCACCUCGAAGGGAAGGAACAGGAAGCGCCCUGCAGCGGCUCCACUGCCUUUGCAAUCCCAAAGUUGCAGGUGGACGGUGCCUUUCAUCAAGACCUGACCUGCCUCACCAGCCUCAAGCUCAGCGGUCCAGAGGAACUGGCUGAGGAGGAGGAGGAGGAGGAGGACAGUGGUGAGGCCUAUCUGGCCAGGGGGGACAGAAAACGCUGCAGCUUGUUUGAAACGUCAGUGUGUCAGCCGGCCUGCAGCCUGAGUGUGCAGAACUCUCUGCGGCGUCGGACGCACAGUGAAGGCAGCCUGCUUCAGGAGCCCCGAGCGGGCCACUGCUUCACCUCCGACACCAGCCUGAAUUACACUGAAAUGCAAGGAUCCACCCCCGGCUGGACGCUGCCAUCUCCACAGAGCCUCAAGAAACAGCUUAUGAAGAACGGGGGCUCCAUCCACCAACUCACUCUGCUCUUUGUUGGAAACCGGAAGCAGCAGCAGGUGCUGGAUCUUGAAGGAGUUUGUGACUCAGGAGCAGCCCACAAGAUGAACAAGACAAUGGCCAAGGACGUCAAGAACCGACUGGGGCUCUUUCGGAAGCGGCACGAAGCCCUGGGGAGCCAGCCUGAGAGCAAGGCCGACAAAGGGACGAAACCUUUGCGGCCCCCUCCUGAAGAAGCUCUCAAGUGGGGAGACUCGCUGGAAAAGCUGCUGCAGCAUAAAUAUGGGGUGGCUGCCUUCCGUUCUUUCCUAUGCACUGAGUUCAGUGAGGAGAACUUGGAGUUCUGGCUGGCAUGUGAGGAAUACAAGAACAUCAAGUCCCAGUCCAAGAUGAUUGCCAAAGCCAAGAAGAUCUUCACCGAAUACAUUGCUGUCCAGUCCUGCAAAGAGGUCAAUUUGGACUCCUACACCCGGGAACACACCAAAGAGAACUUGCAAAACAUCAGCUGGGGCUGCUUUGACCUUGCCCAGAGGCGGAUCUAUGGCUUGAUGGAGAAGGACUCCUACCCCCGCUUCCUGCGCUCAGAGCUGUACUUGGACCUCAUUAACCUGAGGAAACCUAGCCCUUCACUGUAGAAGAUGCUAGGUCUCCCUCCAGGAAACUUCGGGGGAGCAGUAUGUUUACAAAUAAUUACAUUUUUGGUUAAGGGAUUGUCUGGAUAAAUAAAUCUGUCUUCCCACCCAAAGGGGCCUCGGGGUUACAGAACUAAGCAGCUUUACUAUUCCUUCUUCCCAAGAACCUGCUUUUUCCUCUGGUACGAUGAAGUCAGAGCACCCAAAGCUGCAAAGGAGCAGAUCUUCCAUCGGAUGACUGCGAAGUCCAGAGCUUUUCUUCCACCCUUCUGCUGUUUUGGAGGUGGCAGUGCGAUGCACGCAGACCCGUCUCGGGAUAUCCGUGGCUUUCAUGAAUGAGCCACAUCCUCAAAAGAGCAAGGUGGAGAGUCCCUUGCAGACUUUUCCUUUUGAAUCUUGGCAUGUCUUCUCUGGACAGAAAGCUCCCACUUAACUGUCCUUCCCAUUAGUGCAACAGGCAUGGGAUUAUCCUGCUUCUCCUCAACUGUCUGAAAGGCGUAGUCCUUGCUAAGUUUAUUUAUUGAAGCCUUCUAGUGGGAUACCGUGUCUGUGAGAAUGUCUCCCUGUUGAGUUCGUUUUAAAUUUAAGUGCAAUAUUUUUUUACUACCCUAUUGCUAUUACUUGUCUCCUGGUUUUCUCUCUGACUCUUGGAGUGUGUGUGGCAGAAUGAAUGUAAGUCAGUUCUCAGUCACUCUUGUUCCUUAUUCUUUGGCCUCUGACAUCUGCCCCAGCAGAUGUGUAAAAAGCUUACUGCAUCUUGUUGCAACAUCUUGUUGUUGAGACUGAGAAACAUCUGUACGUUUCUGUGCUGUGUCAUAAAAGGAGGUGUGAGGCAGCAGCAUGCCUGGAUUUGUAUUCAUAUCCACGUGACUGUUUGGCUCCAGAAAGACGAAAUCUCCUCCAAUGAAUCUUUUGACCAAGAGCCUGGUUUACUACUCAGGCCUAUUUCUGCAGUUUAAAAUAUUUUUAUUGUUUUGUUUUUUACUAUGUCAUGUCUGUUUAGGAUAAAUAAAGAGACAAUACAAGUUAA